AUGUCUGAAGCAGUAGAAACCCAGCCGCCUGCCGCGGACACCGUGAGCGCCGUGAAGGGAAUGAAGAAAAACGGUACCUACCCCACCUUGGACCCACGAGACGUUCCACAACUGACCGGAAUCUUCACAGGCAAGCAAUGGCACGACAACAAGACCGCGUUCAGGCCCCGGGCCAAUCAGACAUCCUGGGAUAAGCGCACAGCAGAGAGGAAGGCGCUCGCAGCGACUAAAGCAAAAGAGAAGGAGCUGAAGGAAGAGAAGGAGACAGAGCGACAACGUCGAAUUGAUGCUAUCAAAACCAAACGUGCGGCAAAGGAGGAGCGUGAGAGAUUCCAGAAGAUGGAGGAGAAGAUGCACAAGAGGCGCGUGGAGCGUCUGAAGCGGAGAGAGAAGCGCAACAAGAUGCUGAAGUCUUGA